UGGAGAGCUGGUAGCUACGAGCUACAGUCGACCAUAUAAGGCACAUAAACGGACAGUGCAAGUGCCACCCACAUAUUGCAUGGUCUAUACAUGUAUGGCUUGCUCUUGCCGCCGCCACUGCUCCACUACACACAGUCAUUUCAUAUAUAGUAGUGGCAGCAUAUUGCUGUAUAUAUACCCCUGCAGUGCAGGAGCUAGCUAGCUAGCUAGCAAGAAGCAGAGAAGCAGAAACAAUGGAGGACGUGCCUGUCUGGUUCGUCUCCCUGGCCUGCCUUGGCGCGCUGUACAUCGCCGCCAUGUGUGGCCGCCCUCUCGCCUACCUCGUGUUGUGCCUGCGCCGGCCGAAGGACCUCCACCGCUACGGCUCAUGGGCCAUCGUCACUGGCCCGACUUCUGGUCUCGGCCGGUCCAUGGCCAUGGAGCUCGCGCGACGGGGGCUCAACCUCGUCCUCCUCGACCUCAACGCCGACAACCUCCAGGAGACCUCCGACGCCAUCAUGUCCAUCCACCCCGUGAAGAUAAAGACGGUGGUUCUGGACCUCUCCCUCGUCGCCACCCCUGAAGGCGACGCGGCGAUGCGGCGGCUCCGGGAGGCGAUCGAGGGGCUGGACGUGGGGAUGCUGGUGAACAACGCGGCGGUGAACACGCCUGGCGCGGUGUACCUGCACGAGGCGGACAUCGAGCGGUUCGUGCGGAUGAUACGGGUGAACCUGUGGGGGCUCACCGAGGUCACCGCCGCGGUGCUGCCGGCGAUGUUGGCGCGGCGGAGGGGUGCCAUCGUUAACGUUGGCUCCGGCUCCACCGUGGCCGUCCCGUCAUUCCCUCUCUACACCGUCUACAGCUCCACCAAAAAGUAUGUCGCUCAGCUCUCCAGAAGCCUUUACGUCGAGUACAAGAGCCAAGGAGUCGAUGUCCAGUACCAGGUCCGUAAUAAUGAUCGACACUGUCCCUGGGCUCUGGCCGGUCCCGUUCUACGUGCACACGCGCAUGCUGUCGAGCGCCGUGAAGGCCAAGCUCCGGCCGUGGUUCGUGGCGACGGCGGACGAGUACACCAGCACGGCGGCGCGGUGGAUCGGGACCGGCCCGCUGUGCGUUCCCGGCGCCGGCCAGAAGCUCCAGUGGUGCCUCACUGGCUUCGUCCCGGAUUGGGUCCACGACUGGUACCGGAUCCGCCUGCACCUGCAGCACCGAGCCGUCCUCCGCGCCGGUCGUCGAGCCGUGAUCGCCGACGCCCAUCCACGCGGCGAGCAGGCUGGAACAACCCGCGCCAAUGCAUCAUCAGUCGGGCCAAAGAUCAGUGGCUAGUUAAUUAGCUGGCCAGCCGUAUCUGCAUGCUCUCUGCAGCUGUCAGUUCAACAGUCAUAUAUAAAGUAAUAUACUAGUAUAUUAUAUAUAGUACUUAUGCAAAUGAUUAUGAUGGUCAUACUUAUUAUAAUUAUUAUUAGAAUUAUGUGUGGGUGUGUGUUUUCUCACGUCGGAUGUAAGUUGUCAAAUCUGCGCCGAGUUGUGUGAUUAUUACGUAAUUUGGUUGUCAAACUAAUCUGGUUUUCAACAA